AUGUGUCUUUUAUCCAACAAGGAAUUUAUUCACAUUUUCCCUCAUUCUUUCCUUCUUUCCUCAUUUCUACCAAUCAAAUUAUCAAAGUACAUUCUUUUCUUUCCCUCAUUUCUUUCCUUCUUUCAGAACAUAUUAAAUGAUCUGACACUCUUUAAUAUUAAAAACCCUUACAUUCUUCUUUUCUUUCUCCUCAUUUUUUCCUUCUUUCCUUCAAUACCUUUUGGCAUCAAAUACAUUCUUCUUUUUCUUUUCCCUCAUUCUUUCCUUCUUGCAUCCUAUCUUUCUCUCUUUAUCCAAAUUUCCAUCUUUCUUUCUUUCCUCAUUCUUUUCCUCAACCUUUCCUUUAUCAUACUACAACUCUCUUUAUCAUUACAUUCUUCUUUUCUUUCCCUCAUAUAUUUCCUUCUUCUUCCUUGGCUCCAAUCUCUUUAUCAAGUACAUUCUUCUUUCUUUCCUUCAUUCAAGAAAAAAUUUCCUAUAGUACAUUCUUCUCUUUCCCUCAUUCUUUCCUUCACAUCUGCCACUCUCUUUGUCAAGUACAUUCUUCUUUCUUUCCUGUUCUUCCUUCAUCUGCCCUCUCUUUAUCAGAGUACAUUCUUUCUUUCCUCAUUCUUUCCUUCCUUCACCCACUCUCUUUAUCAAGUACAUUCUUUCUCCUCAUUCUUUCCUUCAUCUGCCACUCUCUUUAUCAAGUAUUUCUUCUUUCUUUCCUCAGCUACCCUUCUCCUUCAUCACCCCUCUCUCUUUAUCAAAUACAUUUCUUCUUUCUUUCCCUCUAUUCGACCUUCUUUUCAGAUAUCAAGCCAUCUUUUCAGUUUUUCAAAUUUCUUUUUUUUCCCUAUAAGCAUUCUUUUCAUCCACUCUGCCCUCUCUUUAUCAACUUCUUCUUCAGCUUCGACCUUUCAGAUUCUCUGCCAUGUUAAAUAUAAGCCAGCUUCCUUUUUCCUUUUCAUUGUUUCUUCACUUUUUCUCUUCGUUACUUCGCUCGACUUCUUUCUUUCCUUUAUUCGACCUGUGAGUAUCCUCCAAUUUUUUCUUUUUCCAUUGCCUUUCCUGAUAUUUCAGCUGCCUUUUUCCUCAUCGUUAAUCAAAUUCCUUGUUUUCUUUCCCUCUUCUUCCUCAUCGACUGCUCGCUCCUAUUUGUUCUUUAGAUUCUCUUUCUUUCCCUCUAUUCGACCUUGUUUCCUUUCUCAGAUGUUCGAAAGAUUUCAAGCCCUUUUUCAUUGUUUCAUCCAUUUCAUGCUCCUUGUUAAAUAUAAGCCAGCCCUCAUCCAUUCAAACCUCAUCGUUACACGCUCGGUCUAUAAUAUUCUUAGCAGACUUCUUUCUUUCCCUCUAUUCGACCUACUUCUUUUCCUAUUCGAUUCUCCUCUUCUUUUUCAAAGAUUUCCUUCUUUCUUUCGACCUAUCUUCUUUCUUUCCCUCAUUCUUUCUUCUUUACCUUUAUCACCCGUCUUUUCCUAUAAUAUUCUUAGAAAUUUCAUUCUUUCCUUUUUCCUUUAUCUGUCUUUAUCAGAUUCUUCUUUUCUUAUCCUCUUUCUUUCAUUGUUUCCUUUUAUCUACCACUCUCUUUUUCAAAUUAUGUUCUUUCUUUCCCUCAUUCUUUCCUUCUUUCCUUUAUCCUCCUUUAUCAAAACCUUCUUUCUUUUCCCUCAUUCUUUCCUUCUUUCCUUUUUACAUUCUUCAUUCUUUUCCCUCAUUUCUUUCAGCUGCCUUUUUCUGCCACUCUAUUUAAGCCAGUUCCUUUUCUUUCAUCCAUUCAAAACCUCAUCGUGCCACUCUCUUUAUAAUAUUCUUACAUUCUUCUUUCUUUCCCUCAUUCUUUCCUUCUUUCCUUUAUCUGCCUCUCUUUAUCAAGUUACUUUCUUCUUUCUUUCCUCAUUCUUUCCUUCUUUCCUUUGUCUGCCACUCUUUUAUCAAAUUACAUUCUUCUUUCUUUUCCUCAUUCUUUCCUUCUUUCCUUUAUCUACCUCUCUUUAUCAAAUUCUUCUUUUUUCUUUCUUUUCCCUUUGUAUUCUUUCUUUAUCAAAUUCCAUUCUCUCUUUCCUCCCUUUUUUCCUUCUUUCCUUUAUCUCUCUCUCAAAUUACAUUCUUCUUUCCUUUAUCUUUCCUACUCUUUUAUCAAAUCUUUAUUCAACUUUCUUUUCCCUCAUUUUUCCUUCUCCCUUUUAUCUGCCAAUCUCUUUAUCAAAUUACAUUCUUACUUCUUCCCUCAUUCUUUCCUUUAUCUACCACUCUCUUUAUCAAAUUAUUUCUUCUUUCAUUUUUCCUUUAUCCCAAUCAUUCUUUCCUUCUUUCUUUUAUCUUUCACUCUCUUUAUCAAAUUACAUUCUUCUUCUCUUCCUCCCUCAAAUUACUUUCUUUUCCCUCUUCCUUCCUUUUAUCUGCCUCUCUUUUAUCAAAUUACAUUCUUCUUUCUUUCCUCAUUCUUUCCUUCUUUCCUUUAUCUGCCACUCUCUUUAUCAAAUUCUUUCUUUCCUCAUUAACCUUUAUCUGCCACUCUUUAUCAAAUUACAUUCUUCUUUCUUUCCUCAUUUUUUCCUUCUUUCCUUUAUCUGCCACUCUCUUUUAUCAAAUUUCUUUUUCUUUCCUGCCUUCUUUCCUUUAUCUACCUCUCUUUUAUCAAAUUACAUUCUUCUUUUCUUUCCUCAUUCUUUCCUUCUUUCCUUUAUCUGCCACUCUCUUUGUCAACAAAUUCUUCUUCUUCCUCAUUCUUUCCUUUAUCUGCCACACUCUUUAUCAAAUUCAUUUCUUCUUUCUUUUCCCUCAUUCUUUCCCUUCUUUCCUUUAUCUGCCACUCUUUAUCAAAUUACAUUUCUUCUUUCUUUCCCCAUUCUUUCCUUCUUUCCUUUAUCUCCCUUUUUAUCAAAUUAUUUUCAUUCUUCUUUCCUUUCCCUCAUUCUUUUCUUCUUUUUUUCCUUUAUCUACCAUCUCUCUUUGUCAAAUUCUAUUUCUUUCUUUCUUUCCUCAUUCUUUUCCUUCUUUCCUUUAUCUGCCACUCUCUUUUUAUCAAAUUCACUUUCUUUCCCUCAUUCUUUUCCUUCAUCUGCCACUCCUUUAUCAAAUUACAUUCUUCUUUCUUUCCCUUUCUUCCUUCUUUCCUUUAUCUGCUUUCUUUCCCCUCAAAUUAUUUUCUUUUUCCUUCUUUCCUUUAUCUACCCUCUCUUUAUCAAAUUACAUUCUUCUUUCUUUCCCUCAUUUCUUUCCUUCUUUCCUUUAUCUACCACUCUCUUUAUCAAAUUACAUUCUUCUUUCUUUCCUCAUUUUUUUUCUUUCCUUUAUCUACCACUUUUAUCAAAUUACAUUCUUCUUUUCUUUCCUCAUUCUUCCUUCUUCCUUUAUCUGCCCUCUCUUUUGUCAAAUUACAUUCUUCUUUCUUUCCCUCAUUCUUUCCUUUUCUUUCCUUUAUCUUUGCCACUCUCUGUGGUAAAUUCUUCUCUUUCCCUCAUUCUUUCCUUCUUUCCCCUUUAUCUCUCUUUAUCAAAUUACAUUCUUCUUUCUUUUCCCUCAUUCUUUCCCUUCUUUCCUUUAUCUACCACUCUCUUUAUCAAAUUACAUUCUUUUUCUUUCCCUCAUUCUUCCUUUCUUUCCUUUAUCUGCCACUCUCUUUGUCAAAUUACAUUCUUACUUUCUUUUUCCUCAUUCUUUCCUUCAUUUCUCUCUUUAUCAAAAUUACCCUUUUCUCUUUCCCCAUUCUUUUCCUCUUCUUUCUUUCCCACUCUCUUUAUCAAAUUACAUUCUUCUUUCCUUCAUUCUUUUUCCCUUCAUCUGCCACUUUAUCAAAUUACAUUCUUCUUUCUUUCCCUCAUUCUUUCCUUCUUUCCUUUAUCUACCACUCUCUUUAUCAAAUUACAUUCUUCUUUCUUUCCCUCAUUCUUUCCUUCUUUCCUUUAUCUACCACUCUCUUUAUCAAAUUACAUUCUUCUUUCUUUCCCUCAUUCUUUCCUUCUUUCCUUUAUCUAUCUUUUUAUCAAAUUACAUUCUUUCUCUUUUUCCUUUAUCUGCCACUCUCUUUAUCAAAUUACUUUCUUUCCCUUCCCUCAUUCUUUCCUUCUUUUCCUUCUUCUUUAUCCCUCUCUUUAUCAAAUUACAUUUUCUUUCUUUCCUCAUUCUUUCCUUCUUUUCCUUUAUCUACCACUCUCUUUAUCAAAUUACAUUCUUCCCUUUCUUUCCUUUUAUCUUUCUCUUUCUUUCCUUUUCUCCCAUUCUUCCUUCUUUAUCAAAUACAUUCUUUUUUCACCCAUUCUUUCCAUUCUUUCUUCAUCUACCCUCUCUUUAUCAAAUUACAUUCUUUCUUUCCCUCAUUCUUUCCUUCUUUCCUUUAUCUCCACUCUGCUAUCUUCUUUCCCUCAUUCUUUUUCCUUCAUCUGCCACUCUUUUAUCAAAUUACAUUCUUCUUUCUUUCCCUCAUUCUUUCCUUCUUUCUUUAUCUGCCACUCUCUUUAUCAAAUUACAUUCUUCCUCAUUCUUUCCUUCAUCUGCCAUUCUUAUCAAAUUACUCUUUCUUCUUUCCUCAUUCUUUUCUCUUUCCUUUAUCUGCCACUCUCUUUUCAUCAUUCUUUCCUCAUUCUUUCCUUCAUCUGCCACUCUCUUUAUCAAAUUACAUUCUUCUUUUCUUUCCCUCAUUCUUUCCUUUUUUUCCUUUAUCUACCACUCUUUUUCAUCAAAUUCUUCUUUCUUUCUUUCUUCCUUCUUUCCCUUCAUCUACCACUCUCUUUAUCAAAUUACAUUCUUCUUUCUUUCCUCAUUCUUUCCUUCUUUCCUUUAUCUGCUUCUUUUAUCAAAUUCAUUUUCUUUUUCCUUCUUCUUCCUUUUAUCUGCCACUCUUUUUUAUCAAAUUACAUUCUUCUUUCUUUUCCUCAUUCUUCCUUCUUUCCUUUAUCUGCCACUUCUUUAUCAAAUUACAUUCUUCUUUCUUUUCCCUCAUUCUUUCCUUCUUUCCUUUAUCUGCCACUCUCUUUUAUCAAAUUUCUUUUCUCAUUCUUUUCCCUUUAUCUACCCUCUUUUAUCAAAUUACUUUUCUUUCCCUCAUUCUUUCCUUCUUUCCUUAUCUGCCACCUUUUAUCUUUAUCAAGUUCUUUCUUUCCUUCAUUCUUUCCUUUUUAUUCCAAUUCUUUAUCUUUUCCUUCUUCUUUCCUUUAUCUGCCUUAUCUGCUUUAUCAAAUUAUUUUCUUUCCCUCAUUUUUUCAUUCCACUUCUUUAUCAAAUUACAUUCUUUUUCCUCUCAUUCUUUUCCUUUUUUUCCUUUAUCUACCACUCUCUUUAUCAAAUUACAUUCUUCUUUCUUUCCUCAUUCUUUCCUUCUUUCCUUUAUCUACCACUCUCUUUAUCAAAUUACAUUCUUUCUUUCUUUCCCCUCAUUCUUUCCUUCUUUCCUUUAUCUACCACUUCUCUUUUAUCAAAUUACAUUCUUCUUUCUUUCCUCAUUCUUUCCUUCUUUCCUUUAUCUACCACUCUCUUUAUCACAUUUCUUCUUUCACUCUCUCGUAUUGUUUUCUUAUUUUUUCUCUUUCACACUAUCAUAUUUCCUUCUACUCUCCUUACUUCUCUCCCUUACAUUUUCACAUUUUCUCUCUUUUCCUCAUUAUUCUCUCUCUUCUCCUUGCCUAG